GUUGUGUAAAAAUAAAAAAAAAAAAUAAAUUUGCGGUAAAAUUCCAUUUAUAAAAAAUAUUAAUUGUUUAUAAAACACAAUAAAAUCUAAACGCGAUCAAAAGGAAACAAAGAAAAAAACAUAUGCAAGUGUGUGAAAGCAACAAUUAUGAAUCAUAUGUAAAAUGCAAAGUUGACAUACACACGGAAAUACAUAUACAUGGUAAAAGUGACAACACAUUGGUACAUAUGUAAAACCCAUUUUGUCUGAUAACGACUUAACGCACUCAAUUUGUCUGAACAUUUACCGCAAAGUGAAUAAACUCAAAUCAAAAUUGCUUACUUAAAGAAAUACGAUAAACAAAAUACAAUGGAUAUCGAAAAUACAAAGUUGGAAUGGACAAAAGAAGCAGUUCUGGACAUGAUUUACUUGUGGCAAUCUUACGAGUGUCUCUACAAUCCAAAGAAUAAAUUUUACCACAACAAACAUUCCAGAUAUUCGGCUUUCAGUGCGAUUGCAGAUAAAUUGAAAAUAUACAACGAUACUAUUGGACCUAAUGAUGUAAAGAAUAAAAUGCAGUACUUACGUGGACAGUAUACCCGAGAGCUAGCCAAAAGUAAGGAGAUGAAAAGAUUUGGCUCAGAAGAUGCGUAUGUCCCCAAUGCGUAUUGGUUUAGCGAGAUGUCUUUUUUGCAAGACUUUGUCAAAAGUAGAAAAGAUAUGUACAAUUUUUAUGAACAAAACACUUCACAGCUUGAGGACUCGUGUGAGUCGUCGCAACACGCUGAUAAUGAUGUAUAUCCCUCAACUCAACCUGCAAAAAGAAUUAAACUGGAAGAUACCAUAGCAGAGCCAAAUCACAACAUUAGUAAAGAAGACGAUGUACUUGAGGCGGCGGUAAAUAUAUUAAACGAUUUGAAAACUGACAAUAGUUCGGUUAGCCAUGACAGAAAUGAGGCCUUUUGUAAUUUUAUAAAAGCAGAACUGGCAUCAAUAAAAAGUGAAAAUAUUAGGGAUGAAUUUAUAGAGACCAUUACGCUAUCGCUUUUCGAAGCAAAAAGAAAACAGCGGCAGCUGUUGAAAAAAAUGGACGAUUCUGAUAUUUCUUCGGCAUAAUUAUUUCGGUAAUACCCUUUAAAUGUUUCAAAAUAAGUACAAAAUUGUUUUUAACUCUUGGAAAUUACUGGUGUAAAAGUUGUUAGAUUUCCAUAACUGUUUCCAUGCUCCGGCAUUUUUAUAUGUUUUUUUUU